AUAUUCAGCAUUUCAUCUAAAAAAUGAAUACACUGGUCAAAUGUUUCCAAUAUCUGUACAAAAUCUAUCAAAUUUUAUUGCUGAUUUGUCGUUAAAGAAUUAUGCAGGUUCAUCAAUUGCAACCAUUGUUUCAGGGCUGUCUUUUCUACACAAAAUUUUGAAUAAAACAGACCCCGCAAAUAGCUUUAUGGUAAGGAAACUAAUCAGAGGUGCCUUGGCAAUAAAUCCACCCCAGCAGACGCGCAUGGCUAUUACAAUAAAUACUUUAUCUGAAAUGUUGCGUGUUCUACCAAGUGUCACUGAGUGCAAAUAUGAUCAAGAUUUAUUCAGUGCAUUGUUUUCACUAUCAUUUCAUGCUUUACUAAGAGUUGGCGAAGUAACAGGUGCACCAGGCAAGAAUCCAAACGUCAUCACUUCUGAAAAUGUCAAAUUGGGGAAAACAUCUAUAUCAUUAACUUUGCACAACUUUAAACACAAGAAAACCACAAAGCCAAUUACCCUGGAAAUUCAAUCUUCUAAUCAGAAGGAUGUUUGCCCUGUCCACACUUUGGAAUGUUACUUAUCGCAAAGGGGAACUAGUAAUGGGCCAUUAUUCAGAAAUGAAGACCACAGUGAAAUUACCAGAAGCAGAGUUCACAAAGUUAUGAGUGAGUCAUUAGAAGCCGCAGGGUUUGAUUCUAGUAGUUAUAAUACUCAUAGCUUCCGAAUUGGGGGGAUGAACAAUGCUAUUUCCAACAAUGUAGAUUUAGACACAAUCCAAAGGUGGGGAAGGUGGUCAUCUCAAGCUGCCAUGAAUAAAUACAUAAGAAUAUC